UCUACUAGUUCCACCCGCCUACUUUAAGCCGGAAGUGAAGUUUGCUGUUUCCGGUGGGGAUUUGGGGAAAGGAUAAGUCGCUGCUUCCAGGGUUUGGCUAGUUUUCUUUUUGUGUUGAUGUUGAAAAGGACUAGUGUGCGGGAAUUCUGAAUUACUUACGCUGAAUUUUCUGGCAAGUCAUCAUGAUUCUCCAACAGCUCUUCAGAUUUUCUUCUAUUUUCCGUUCAGCUGUCUCCAUCCACCUGCACAGAAACAUUGGCUUCUCUGCCAUUGUGUUUAAUAAAGCAAAGGAACUUGAUCCUGUACAGAAACUCUUCUUGGACAAGAUCAGAGAAUAUAACACUAAGAGCCAGAAAACUGGUGGGCCUGUUGAUGCUGGCCCGGAGUAUGAGAAAGACAUGAGUGAAGAGACUGCCAAACUGCAACGGUUAUAUGGUGGUGGAGACCUGACCAAAUUCCCAGACUUCAAAUUUGAGGGUACAAUGGGAGCUAGAAAGCAAGCUUAGAAACUGCAGCAUGUGAGAAGAGGAGGAAGAGCACAGGCUCAAGAACCCAAGUUUGAAGCGGAACAGAAAUGAUGAGAUGGAUGUGUACUCCAAGCACCAGUGUCAAGUUGGAGUUGUUGAAUAGCCAGCAGUUGUACCUUAAAUAAACAGUUCAGUGCUCAAAUGUGUGAAUUUAAAUUCUAAACAUAUAUUUAUUUUAUUUAUAAAAAAUUUCUUGUAUACUGCCUCCUCCAAAGACUCUAGGCAGUUAACAAUAGCAAUUAUAAAAAUAAAAAAUUGAAGGGCAAAAGCCUGGCAAAAAAGGGAGGUCUUGAGAAGGGCCUUGAAAGCCACUAAGGAGGGGGCUGAACAAAUCUGAGGGAAAGGGUGUUCCAAAGAAAAGGGGUGGCCACAGAGAAGGCCCUCCUAUGGGCCCAGGCAUCAUGUACUACAUCAGGGCCUGGGACACUAAAGAGGAGAAGACCUCAUAGGACAGGAUACAACUGGCUAAGAGAGGCGAUCCUGGAGAUAUACAGGUGCCAAGCCCAUAAGAGUUUUGUAGAUGAGAACCAGCACUUUAAAUUGGACCCGGAAGCGAACAGGCAACCAGUGCAGCAACCAUAAAAGAGGUUUAACACUAUCAAAUCUAUGGCUGCCCAUGAGGAGGCGGGCAGCUGCAUUCUGGACUAGUUGAAGCUUAUUAAUUGUUUUCAAAGGCAACCCUAGGUAGAGUGUGUUACAGUGAUCCAAGCGAGAGGUAACAAAGGCACGAGUUCCUGUUGCCAAAGCCUAAAGAUCGAGAAAAGGCCAUAACUUGCAAACCAGCUGAAGCUGGGCAAAGGCACCCCUGGCCAUGGACUCCACCUGCUGUUCAAGCAGGAGCCGCAAUAUAUAUAUGAAUGAGACCAUUAUUCAUUUGUUAAAGACAGCCUCUGUAGGAGAAAAUGUAAUGAAGAGUAAAACAUGUUUCAAUACAACAUAAUCUCAAAGAAUUUCUUCCACAUUUCUGAUAUGCUUUUACAAAAUUAGCUAACUAAAAAUAUUAAGAAUUCAAUAAAGUAUACAAACGUAAUACAAUGCUCAUUUCCUUAAGGCAUUUAGAGUCAGGAACCUGUAUAUAAGACUGUUAUAUAUGAGAAAUGUAUUGUUGGACUACUGAAUAUAAACUGUUUGUUAAAAUAGAAUUGUUCAGAGGUUGAAAUACUAUACACACUUUCUGAGGCUCACUUUCAAUGCAUUUCAGUAAGUUACUCCUGACUGGUAACUUGUUAUGCAUUUGUUCUAUUGAAGUCAGUAGGACUUGCAUCCAAGUAAAUGUAUAAGCUUGGCAGACAAGAUUGUAGCCCUUGGCUCACAUACAGAGCAGGACUCAGCAGGCGGCUUGACUAGUGGAGUUUUUCUCCAGUUUCUAGGCUUUCUGUAGCCCCUGGCAUUGCAGGGGAUCCCUCAACCCUUGGUAAGAACAUUUCAGGAAACAUAUGGGGCUGUUUGGGGAGGAGGUGACUUUUGUGUGGAUACAUUCUGCUGGUGACAUCCUAUAUGUUGCCAUAGUUACACUGCUUCAACUCUUGGUAGUGGUGCAUUAAAAAACAACAACCCUGAAGUAGUUGGGAUAUAUCCAUGAUUCACUGUUAAUACUAGAGAAAAACUGGUUAACUUUUACACUGAGAAACUAUGUAAAUAGUGAUCAUAAGGAGCUAUCGCUCCCCCCCUUGAGUUAAACUGGGUGAUUGUGUUAUGCCAACAUGAGUGCUGAUCUUCAGAUGAUGACUUUUCUGUACUGCUAACUUAAUAUCUUUACUUUAGAAGGCCGUAUAGAGAGCGAUCAUCUCCCACUCUCACUUUUGUUGGAGUCAUUGAGUACAAAGAGCCCCCUUAAGGAGGCUCGAUCCUUCUCUCAGGAUCUAUAAGACAGUUAAAUGGUCACCAUGCCUGGCAAACCAAAUUAGAACACUCCUGGGAUCAGAGGAAGUUUCCUCUCUUCGUGCUAUUUUUUUAAAGCAAGGAGAUUUGCCAGAUACAUUAAAUUUGGGAACCUUAUUCAAGUAUUCCAACCCCUUCUGAGGCCACAAUUAGGUGAAAGGGUGUCCAGGAGACAUAGACCCCGAGGUUGGUUUGACCAUGAUUCUAUUACAGCUAAGAAGCUGCUGGUCACAAAACUUAAUCAGUAUAGACUCAAUUUAGAUGAUGAAUUGGCUCCACAACAACUACAACUAUUUAUAUACCGAUUUAUUUAUUUUUUUAAAAAAGGUUCCAAAGCUCAAGAACCAAUAGAGCUUAAAAAAGAAUAUGAAAAGCUCAUUAAAGUGAAGAAACGGGAGAUGAUUGGGGAGCAUGGGAACACUUUCUUGCCGCAGCUAAAAAGGACUCUAGAUUGUUUUGGAAAUUAGUAACAUCUGGCAUGAAAGAAUGCUCCCCUAUUUCGGAUAAUUGUAUCACUGUGGACUGCUGGGUGGCCCAUUUUAAAUUAUUAUACACAGAUCCUGAGUCAGACCCUUCCCCUCGCUUACAUUAUUUAGAUGGCCUUCCUUCAUGGCCUCUGGUAUAUUCAUAAUUUAAUUUCUCAGUUACGACCUAGUAUGGCUCCUGGCAUAGACCCGAUUUCCAGGGAAUUAUUGAAGGCAGAGUCUGACUGGUGGGCCCUGGUUCUGGCCAGACUUUUUACCUACGUAGACCAUGUGGGUUGUAUUCUGGAGGAUUGGUAUAUGGCCAAAAUUGUCUCAAUAUAUAAAAAUGGAUUACGGUCAGACCUAGCCAAUUAUUGGCCAAUCAGCCUCUUGUUUGUCAUCAGCAAACUGUAUGCGAGGCAUUACUCAGAAUGGGCAGAGCAAAAUGCUAUUAUAAGGGGUGAACAGGCUGGCUUUCGAUCAGGCCAGUCCAUGCUGGAUCAGAUUUUGACCUUCUCACAUCUAGUAAACUCUCUCUAUCCGUUCAGUCGGGUCCGACUCGUGGUCACUCUAUGGAUCAAUGCACUCCAUGCCGUCCUAUCUCGUACAGCUUCCUUUAAUUCCGCCAUGGUCAUUCCAGUGUCAUUUUUAAUAAUAUCCAGCCACUGAGUACAAGGCCGUCCCCUUCUCCCGCUGAUCAUUCUCAAAAUAAUUGUCUUUUUGAGUGAAUCGGCUCGCAUGACAUGACCAAAAUACAUCAGUCUUUGUUUAGUAAUCUUGGCUUCUAGUGAUAUUAUUGGUUUAACUUGAGAAGAUAAACAACUUAGUAGAAAUGUGCCCCUAUAUGUAGGCUUUAUAGAUUUUAAGGCUGCAUUUGAUUCAAUCCCCAGAACCCGUCUAUGGUGUAAAUUCGCUAAAACUUCAUUAGACCCGUUUGCUAUUCUUGAUUUGCUCAUAUGAAAACACCUUUUUAAGAGUCAAAUGUGACAUUCAAUGACAUCUUUCAAAUCCAGUCCCCUCACAGAUGGGGAUAAAGCAGGGCUGUAUUUUGGCCCCUUUUUUGUUUAAUUUUUAUAUAAUUUUUUUUAGUUUUCUGCCCUGAUGACCCUUCUUUCCAUCAACCAAAAACAGCUGGGAGAGCCGUUUCUAUUUUAUUAUAUGCUGAUGAUGCGGCGAUUGUAUCUAUCAAGCCAGUAGGAAUGAGACGUGCUUUGAGAGCCCUUGCGAAGUUCUGUGAAGAGGCAUUGUCCAUUAAUAUUAAAAAACAAAAAUAAUGGUUUUCAGUAAGUGUAGGAGAUCUUAUAAAUGGUCAAUUAAUGGUAGGAGCCUUCAGCAAGUCAGAACAUAGAAGUAUCUGGGCCUCAUAUUCCAUCUGAGGAAUUCCUGGAGACCACAUUGUGAGUUUGUGACUGCAAAUGCUCAAAGAUCUGUUGCAGCUAUUAAUAUAUAUAUAUUUUAAACUCUAAAGGCACUCAGAACACAUACCCAGCAGCGCUAAGGGUAUAUCAGGCGAAACCUUGGGCUCAGAUGCUUCAUGGUGCCCAGAUUUUUUCAGCUGGGAACUUAAAAUCUCUUGAAGUUGUCCAGUCAAGGUUCUUACGAGACAUCUUCCAACUUUCCAGUUGUGUCCCAAAUGCAGAUUUGCGUUUGGAAGCAGGCGUUAUUAGAUUAACUGCCCAAGCUUGGCUGCAAGCGGUUUUACAGGUGAAACUCGGAAAAUUAGAAUAUUGUGCAAAAGUCCAUUAAUUUCAGUAAUGCAAAUUAAAAGGUGAAACUGAUCUAUGAGACAGACGCAUUACAUGCAAAGCGAGAUAAGUCAAGCCUUAAUUUGUUAUAAUUGUGAUGAUCAUGGCGUACAGCUCAUGAAAACCCCAAAUCCACAAUCCCAGAAAAUUAGAAUAUUACAUGGAACCAAGAAGACAAGGAUUGUAGAAUAGAACAACAUCGGACCUCUGAAAAGUAUACAGUGUACUGUGCUUGAUUGGCCAGCAAACUCGCCUGACCUGACCCCAUAGAGAAUCUAUGGGGCAUUGCCGAGAGAAGGAUGAGAGACAUAAGACCAAACAAUGCAGAAGAGCUGAAGGCCGCUAAUGAAGCAUCCUGGUCUUCCAUAUUACCUCAGCAGUGCCACAGGCUGAUAGCAUCCAUGCCACGCCGCAUUGAGGCAGUAAUUGCUGCAAAAGGGGCCCAAACCAAGUACUGAAUACAUAUGCAUGCUUAUACUUUUCAGAGGUCCGAUAUUGUUCUAUUCUACAAUCCUUGUCUUCUUGGUUCCAUGUAAUAUUCUAAUUUUCUGGGAUUGUGGAUUUGGGGUUUUCAUGAGCUGUACGCCAUGAUCAUCACAAUUAUAACAAAUUAAGGCUUGACUUGUCUCGCUUUGCAUGUAAUGCGUCUGUCUCAUAUAUCAGUUUCACCUUUUAAUUUGCAUUACUGAAAUUAAUGGACUUUUGCACAAUAUUCUAAUUUUCCGAGUUUCACCUGUAUAUUGGCUCAAACUUAACAGCUGCCCCCAAGGGUUAGGCUCACUAACUUUGGUGGAUGAUUUCUGUUCCACUGGGGGAGGAAUAUACAAUCUUUAGAUUAUGAUCAGGCAAAAAAAAUCAUUACACAGACGGUAAGAGACAUAGAAAAGCAGAGUGACCUUAGCCUGAUUUCAUCCAGAUCUAAUUAUCUUGGCUUCCCAAAUUACCUGAGGCCAGCUGUAUACCUUACACACUUGCCUACACCCAGGCUGAGGAGGGUCUUUUCUCAAGCCCGUUUUAAUGUCCUCCCUUCAGCUGUUUUGGAGGGCAGAAUUUGAGGGACCCCCUUGGAGGAACGUUUGUGCCCAUGUGGAGCUGCUGAGGUGGAAACAUUAACACAUAUUUUGUUUAACUGCCCUUUUUAUGAUAUCGCCAGUUCUAUUCAGAUCGAUCCCCAUCAAAAGGAACACUUGGAUCAGUCUGAGGAACAUUUUAUUGUUUAUUUUUUAGAAGAUAACAUGAAGUCACCCAUAGGACUGCUUGUUUUUGUUCGGAGGCAUGUAAAAUAAGGUAUCUGCAAACUGGUUUUUAAAUUUUUUUACUUAUGUUAUUGUAUUGUUUUUUGCUGUAGUGCUUAUUUGGUCGUUGACUGUAAAUAAAUGAAUCUGAUUCUGA